AUGAGAAUCCUCUGUCUUCACGGCUACGGCACAUCCGGGGCCAUUCUCCGAUCGCAGCUCGACGCCUUCAUUCACAACGCCGACGCGAGCUACGAGUUCGUCUUUCUCGAUGGCGAAUAUGAAUGCCAAAGAGCCCACGGUAUCGGCAAAUUCGCACAGCCUCCCUUCCGAUGCUUCAAUGAAUCCUUUGGCCCCCACGCCAUUCAGUCGUCCCUCGACCACCUCCAAGACUUCAUCGACGACGAAGGCCCCUUUGAUGGCCUCUUAGGCUUCAGCCAGGGCGGUUCCUUGGCCCUCGCCUACCUGCUGCAGAUGGCCGAGACCAUGGCUGCCAACCCAGGAACCCCGCCCACCUUCUCCUUCGCCGUCUUCCUCUCCACCAUCGUCGCCUUCUCCCCAGACCCGGACUUCUGCUCCCACCUCGUCACUGGCCUCACCCCGCAGGACCGCGAUCAGGUCCUCGCAGGCUUCCCCCGCGGCGCCUCCCACAACGACUACGCCGCCCUCUCAGGCCCGCCGGAGCGCGACAUUUUCUUCAGCUCCCUCGGUAAGGUCCUUGAGACAUCUCUCGCUGGUGGGUUUAUCGCGCAUGAUACUCCUCUUGGCCUCGACGCGCUGCUGCGUCCCGCGACGGCAGCGACGAACAGUGACAUCGACCACCUCCCCCGCAUCAUACAUCCCGCCAUCGCCUCGCCGGACUGCAGGGUUCCCAUUCCCACGGUGCAUGUCGUCGGUGCCCUCGAUGACCCGCUACUAGUUAGCAUGUCGAAGCUGAUGGAGAAGCUCUGCGUGGCACCGCUGACGCGAUCUCUGGUGCACGACGGUGGCCACGAUGUGCCGCGGAAACCGAGAGAUGUGCAGGCGUUGUGGUCCGCCGUUGAGUGGGCUACACGAGAGGCUAUGAGACAGGCGUGGUAA